CACACACUCAACACCGGGGUCUUCACUGUAUCCCAGUUGUAACGCAGCAGUGCUACUGCACGGAACCGGAGACAAAAGGCUAAAAUAUCAAGUUCUAAUCUGGCAGCUUUAUCAGUGUGACUGAAGAGAGACAGUAGAGCUCCUGCACUGAGCAGAGGGAGAGAAGAGUUUUUCAGUUUCAGAUGCUGAACAGACACCAGACACUCUUUUGAAGCAAAAAUGACAACUGCCGCAGCUCAGGAACUCGACGAGUUAUGUUUCCUGUCGGCACAGUCCAUGCCCAGCUUGAAGGUUUCCAACCACUUCCAGGUGGUGAAGCUUCUUGGCGAGGGUUCGUACGGGAAGGUCAUGCUGGCUGUGCACAAAAAGAGAGGAACACCCAUGGCUCUGAAGUUUUUCCCACGACAGUCCACUUCGCUGACCUCUUUUCUGCGGGAAUAUAACCUCUCUCUUUCAUACUGCACACAUCCUUCCCUGACCCGAGCCCUUGGCAUCUUCUUUUCAACGCCGUCCUACUAUGUGUUUGCCCAGCAGGCUGGUCUCUACGGUGACCUCUACAGUGUCAUAGUGUCCGAGGUGGGUGUGACUGAGGAGUGUGUCCAGAGUGUCAUGGCGCAGCUGAGCGGUGCGGUCACACACCUCCACUCGCUGGGCUUCGUUCACCGUGACAUCAAACCAGAAAACAUCUUCUUAUGCGACAGCUCCUGCCGCUGGGUCAAACUGGGGGACUUUGGUCUGACCCGGGCAGUGGGGUCCUCCGUCAGAGCUGUUUGGUAUGAAUCGCCCUUCUGCACUCCUGAGGUGGAGCCGGCCAAGGCAGCCGAAAAAAGGAGCUGGGAGUGUACUGAAGGAGAGGAGGAGGAGGAGAUGGAAGACAUCUGGAUCACAGUGGAGCCGUGCAUCGACAGCUGGGCUCUCGGGGUUCUGGUCUACUGUCUUCUAACUGGCUGCUUCCCGUGGGAGGAGAGCACCCAUGAUGACCGCGGCUACAGAAGAUACAAAGAGUGGUUCGACCGGGAGGCUGAGAAAGAAGCCCUAAGCAGGAGUGAUGAGUGGGCAGAGAAGGACACUUAUGAAAUCAUGAAGCAGAGCCACAGGAGCAAUCCUCCUCCAUCACAGUUUGAAGGCCUCACGCCACUCGUGAUGACUUUGUUGCGGGAGCUUCUCCACCCAGAGCCCAAGCUGCGAGGAAAUCCAGAGGAGAUCCUCAGUUACUUGGGAGGACCAUGGCUGAUGGAGACGGAGCGAGAGGAGAAGAAGAAGGCUGAGGAGGCAGAGAAGGAGGCCCGAAAGCUCAGGGAGGGCGGAGCUCUAGAGGGGGAGCCGAUGAGGGAAGGAAGAGGAGAGAGAUGAAUCCUGAUCUUGAAAAUGAUGUUCAUUAUUUUUUUGCUGCUAUUCCCUUUAGUGUUUUUCAUUAAAUUGACUGAAUUGAACAUGAGGUGCUGUACUUUUCAUAUUUUUAU